UAUGUAAUUAAAUUUUUUUGUAAAAUGGUGUGCUCCGCCUUUUACAACUGUUGUUGGUCUCCCCCUCUCAGUGUAGAAAAGAUGUCAAGUAUUUAUAUUUGAAACGUACGCAGUGAGGCCCUAAGACAGGGAGGGAGGGACCUGCUCUGCUGCCUUGCCUCGCCUUGCCUUGCCUUUUUACGUUUACUCUCUCUCUCACGUUUUCAAUCAUCGUGGCUGGGUUCUUUCUUGCUUUUAAUUUAUUCUAAAGUUUCUUUGCAUUACAUAUUUGCAUGUAUUACAAAUGUGAUGUUUAGAUCCUUUUGCUGAUGCCAAGUUCAUCCCUCUUUCCCUUGCCUUUUUCCGUUGUUUUGUUUUUUCUUUUGUUUUUUCUUGGCCUUCUUCAAAGUCUCAUUAAUGUUCUUUUGUUUUUAUUUUCUGGUAAAUUUCUUUUUAUUCCAUUUCCUUUGGUGCCUCUGCCAUGAAAGUCCUGGUUUUCGUUUUGUGCUUUUCUAUGAUUUCUCAUUUGAGAAUAGGGUCACAUUUCUUUGGUGGGAUUCUUUUUCUUUGCCUAGAGCAGAUUUGCCACAAAGCCAUUUCCAAGGAAGGCUCUUUGAUUGAUCCUUGAAAUUGAAACAUAAAUUGUGUUCAUAUCACAAGAAGUUUUCUUCAAAUGCUAAAUUUUGCAAGAGGGAGAAGCCAGCCAAGGUCUACUAGAUCCAUGCCGUUGUCCGGAAUGGAAUAUCCUGAUCCCAAGAGGAAGAGCAAUUUUGUAGGUAAAAUCCUUAUGGCUGCAACCCUUACAGCCUUAUGCAUUAUCAUGCUCAAGCAAUCCCCAAACUUCAACACUCUAAGUCGGUUCUCCGAACAUGAAGAAGGUGUAACACAUGUUCUUGUAACUGGUGGUGCUGGCUAUAUUGGUUCACAUGCUGCUUUACGACUUCUGAAGGAGUCAUACCGUGUAACUAUUGUGGACAAUCUUUCACGUGGAAACAUAGGUGCUGUCAAGGUUCUACAAAAAUUAUUUCCGGAGCCCGGACAGCUUCAAUUCGUUUAUGCUGACUUGGGGGAUGCAAAAGCAGUAAACAAAAUAUUUUCAGAAAAUGCAUUUGACGCUGUAAUGCACUUUGCAGCUGUUGCAUAUGUUGGGGAAAGCACACUUGAUCCUCUCAAGUAUUAUCACAACAUUACUUCAAACACCUUGGUGAUCUUAGAGUCAAUGGCUGCACAUGAUGUUAGGACUUUGAUAUAUUCUAGUACAUGUGCCACAUAUGGAGAGCCUGAAAAGAUGCCAAUCACUGAAGAAACCCCACAGGUUCCAAUCAAUCCAUAUGGAAAAGCUAAGAAGAUGGCAGAGGAUAUCAUCCUGGAUUACUCUAAGAACUCAGACAUGGCAGUAAUGAUCCUAAGAUACUUCAAUGUGAUUGGAUCAGAUCCUGAAGGAAGAUUAGGUGAGGCUCCCAAACCUGAGUUGCGUGAGCAUGGACGAAUUUCAGGUGCUUGUUUUGAUGCAGCACAUGGUGUUAUUCCUGGUCUAAAGGUCAAGGGAACAGACUACAAAACACAUGAUGGGACUUGCAUACGUGAUUAUAUUGAUGUUACCGACCUGGUUGAUGCUCAUGUGAAAGCUCUUAAAAAGGCAAAGCCCGGUGAAGUGGGAAUCUACAAUGUUGGCACUGGAAGAGGUAGAUCAGUGAAGGAGUUUGUGGAAGCAUGUAAGAAAGCCACUGGGGUGGAGAUCAAAGUUGACUAUCUGCCCCGCCGACCUGGAGAUUAUGCUGAAGUGUUUAGUGAUCCAACUAAGAUCAGGCGUGAGCUGAAUUGGACAGCUCAGCUUACUGAUCUCCAGGAAAGUUUACAGAUUGCAUGGCGAUGGCAAAAGGCACAUCGUGAUGGAUACGCAGCAGCCUCUUAGGUGAUGGUUACCUCUCUAGAGUCUACUCACAACCAUUUUAUUUGUUAUAGCAAUUGGCAUAUUGAAGACUACCCCUAGGUGGCUCCAAUUUUAAGCUGUUUAUGGAGGGGAGGGAAAAUGGAGAUGAAAAUUCACUUUUUCAGUACUUGGCUAGUGAUAUAUAUAUAUAUAAUAUAUAUAGAGAGAGAGAGAGAGAGAGAGAGAGAGAGAGUAAGCAGCUAAUUCAUUAUAUAUGUGUAUUUGAAGACCCAGCUCAGGCUCAGUUUUAUUGAUUUUCUUUUUCUUUCGCCCA